AGAUGGUGCUUCUGCCUCAGCUGGGGAAAGGAGAAGUCCUGUCACAUCAACAGCCUUUGGCAGGCCUAUUGUUCCUCCCCAUCGUGCUGAAUAUUCGCUCUCAACCACUUUUGAAGAUGAAGAAAAUCAUAUUGAAGAUGAGGAAGAGGAGGAAGACAUCAUGGACACCAGUCUUUUCUCCAAUGCUGAUGGGGCAAGAAGGUCUCGCAGAGUUGCAAGAAAGAAACUUAUGAACAGCAAUGAUGACGAUGACUCAGGCGAGGAAUACAAUCCUCGGAACAGAAAGAAAAAAUCGUCAGCAAAGACCAAGAAAAAAGGUGUGGCAACAAGAAACCGAGGCAGAGUUACCGUCCAGUACAAAGAAGAGAGUGAGGAUGAAUAUGUAAGUUUCAAAAACAAAAAUAGUGGUGGUAACACCAAAAAGAAAAAUGUUGUGGAAAGUGAAAGUAAUGACAAUAGUAGUGGUUGUGAUAUUCCUGGCCCAAGUACAAAAAGAACUAAUGGCCAAAUAUUUGGCAUGAAAAGUAGGCUUGAAAGCUCUAGUGAUGAGUCAGAUGAAGAAUUUGGCAGCAAGGGCAAGUCAAAUGGAGUAAAUGGUGUGGACAAUAGAAAACAGGCCAGACAGGUAGGGGUUGGAAAAGUGACUGAGCCAAAGAGCAGUGAAGAGAGUGAAGAUAGUAGUGGUUCCUCUAGUCUUUCGGAUGAUGAAGGUAAUGAUUACAGUAAAGAUCAGUCUAAAGGAAAGCUUGGGUAUGUUAAGAGAAGACAAUCCACAAGUGAUAGUAGUUCUAGUAGUGUAGGUAAGGCCCAUCCCAAAGGUAAGAGUAAAGGUCAGAUACCACCCACAUCAAAAGGAAAACCAGUGAACAUCAAACGAUAUAGUAAAGAGGAGAGUGAGGUAGAAUUUGAUGAUGAAGACCUAGAAUCAAGUACAGAGGAGAGUGCGGAUGAUGACCUAAACAGUCGUCGAGGCAGGAAGAGGGGUGUUGCAUCCAGCGUAAGAAGGGCAAGAAAGAUCAUUCUUGAUGGUGAUGAUGAAGAUGACAGAGAUUUCAUUGUUGAUAAAGAUUUCAUUGAUGAUGCAGACCUAACAGAAGAAGAGUCAAGUUCUCAGUCUGAAAGUGAUGAAGGCAGUGAAGAUCAUGUCAAGCAUGUAAAGAAGAAGAAAAAGGAGAAAAAGAAGGCCAAAUCUUCUAAAAAGAAAGUGCCUGCCAAAAAGAGCACAAAGAAGACACAACCAAAGAAAAGUAAUACAAAGAAGAAGAACAAUACAAAUGCCAAGUCCAAGAAGGCUCAGCCACCCAGCAAGCGACCACAACCGAAGAAUGUGCAAGAGCUUAUCACAAUCAAUAGACCUGGCCAGUCACCCAUUCCUUAUCAACCCCUUAGCUAUGGAAGUCAGAUUGUUACUGUAGUUGAUCAGAUUGAACAUAGAGGACGUGUAUUUGGGAGGGUCAUAACAUCAACAUGUGGUGAAAAUGAUCAUGGUGAUGAUGAAGAGGAAGAGGAAGAGGAGGAGGAGAGUGAAAGUGAAGAUUCUGAAUCAGAAGAAAGUAGUGAAGGUUACCCAACACCUACAUAUACAAAAGGCAAAGGGAAACCAUUGACAAAUCCAACAAAUGCAAAACGCUCCUAUGAAAGUGACUCUGACUAUGAGUGUGCUAAGAGCAAGAAGUCUAAAAAAAGACAGAGGUUCAGUGACGAAGAGGAAAAUGAAGAGGUUGACGUCAGUAGCCGCGGUAGAGUUAGAAAGGCAAAUACCCUCAUGAGAGACUUCAUAUAGUAUUAGGUUUGCUGUAGAUGGUUUUAAAAUGGAGAAUCAUUUGAGAACGUUUUUUAUACUGAAUAUUUACUAACACACUAUAUUUUUUAGCAAAGAUUUUAGACCUCCAAAAGGAAACAUUUCACUAGAGAAAGGCCAAAAUCAGAUGGUGGACAUUUUGCUAAAGGUUAUUGAGGUGUUGGUUAUUCAGGUUGUAAACUGUGAUAUUUAGAGUUUUCUGUAAAAACAAAAUGUAGACAAGUUUUUUAAGCUUAAUGUAAUUUGUCAUAUAAAGGGGUCAUUAAAGCUUCAAACAGUAUGUAUUGUGUGAUAUUAUUAGAUACAAUCUCUCAGGGGUGCCUGCAACCAAUUUAUUUUCUUACUCUACCCAUUUUCUUAUCAUUCAUACCUCAUUUUUUAAUUUAUAAAUAAAAACUCUGUUGUGAAGUUGAAAGUCAACAGAGGUACAGACUUAAUGACCAGAUAUACACUGCCUUAAAGCUUUCAAUAUUUAUAAACCAUAACCAGCCCUGUGAUUAGAGUAACAACUCAGCCCUCAGAUUCUCUUAUUUUUUAGAAUACUUAAUAAUGACCAAGACUAUUGAAAAGGUCAUUAGUGACAGCACCUGUAGUGUCAUUAAUGAUCAUAGCUCAUGUGACAAGGCCACUAUUAUUAUUUACACUUCAGUGCUGUUGCUCUACUGUCCAUACUUUGCCUUGUGUUAUUAUCAUGUUAAUGGAACUUGAAAGCAUGGCGAUAAAAGACCAAGCAGUAUUGCUCAAAUGAAGGGUAGCUUUAGGAUUAAUGUGUCAAAAAGGAUCAUGUUAAGCAAGAAAGAUUACCCGUUGAUCAUGGUGAGAUGUGUCGCCAUUGGCUUGUAGUUCUAAGUUUGUGAGGUGCAGAUUUUGAAUCUAUUUUUUAUUUAUUUUUAUUUCAUUUCUCCUUCUCGUAUAUCUAUAUAAUUAGGUAACCAACAUAGUUGUCAUCUGAUUCUUUUAUUGGAAAAUAUGAUAGGAUAAUAGAUUACAUGUAUAUCAUUUAUUUUAUUUUGAAGUGUUUGUGCCCUAAUUAAAUGCAAAUUUUGUAACAGUAAUUCAAUCAUACUCCAAGUUCCAUGUUGGCAAGAAAGUAAGGUCUAAUGCCAAGUAACUAAGAACAAAAAAAGUAGCUGCAACCAGGUGAUAAGCAGUUGUCCGUCUCUUGCAGUGUUCAAUGAGCUGGAGAUACCCUUUUUUAUUGUCUUUAUUUUUGUCUUCCAUUGUCUUUAAAUUAUUUAAGUGAGCCAAAGAUCUGUGUAUUUUCUUGAAUUUUAAGAAUUAUUUAAAAACAACAAAAGUGAUCUUAAUCCCUCAUGUUUUGGGUUAAUGAUCAUAGUAAAGACACAACCGGAUGUAGUUAUUUUGCAUGUCACUGCCGGUCUUCAAGGACAGGUUAUUUGCAAUCUUUUCUUCAGGAAUUGUAAGUUUAGUAGAGUAGUCUCAGCAUUCACGAAGUACUUUACUUUUUUAAGAUAUUUGAUAUGUUUUGUAAGUUAACUGCCUAGGCCAUUGCCAUCUUAAAUAUUGCUCAUACAUUUUCUAAUAAAACUGACAACUCUCC